AUGACAGGGUCAGGAAAAGGCAAACCAGUAGACGAAGAAAUUGUUGGUAUCUUGGUAGCGAUGCUUGAUAAUAUCAACGAACUGGCUAAGGUUUUUCGGAAAGCUAGAGACAGAUAUGAAGAUGGAGAUUGCAGUGAAUUCAAUAUCAAAUUGGUCAACCAAGCAAAGAGAGGAAAGCAAUUUGACUUACCUACUACUGAUGAGAUCGCGGGUCUGAUAGUUGGAGAUUUUAGUACAGCUACUUCUGGUCGUGAUGUUAUCCUUCAAUUUAAAUCUUCUGAACUACAAAGGAUAAGUGAUCUUCAUCCUCUAUAUAUGAGUCUGCAGUACCCUUUACUCUUUCCAUAUGGUGACGCUGGAUAUCAUGAGGAAAUCCCAUAUGAGUCAUCAGCAGAGAGCCAAGUUAAGCGGUCUUACAUGACCAUGAGAGAAUACUAUGCUUACCAGAUUCAAACACGCUUAUCUGAAGGUAUGACAAUUAUCAAGGGAGGAAGAUUAUUCCAUCAGUACAUCGUCGAUGCUUACACAGCCACUGAACAAGAAAGACUUCGUUAUAUUGCUUUAAAUCAGAAAAAAUUGCGAGCUGAUUUGUAUAACAAUGUGUACGAUGCUGUUGAAAGAGGAGAAACAGAUGCUAAGCGGAUUGGAAGACGAAUCAUAUUGCCCUCAAGUUUCACUGCAGGACCACGGUAUAUGGUGGAGAAGUACCAUGAUGCAAUGGCUAUAUGUAGAUGGUUUGGAAAUCCUGACUUAUUUAUCACCUUCACAGCAAACCCUAAUUGGCCAGAGCUAACAGAACAUCUACAAACAUAUACUACCGAAGGAUCAAAUUCAAGACCUGAUUUGCAAUCAAGAGUUUUCAAAAAAAAACUAGAUGAGAUGCUCAAUGAUUUUAACAAUGGAGUCUUCUUCCCUGUUCCUGUGGCAGUAGUGUACACCAUAGAGUUUCAAAAACGAGGCCUUCCACAUGCACACAUCCUACUCUGGCUAGGAGGCAAUAUGAAAAACCCAGAGCCAGCUAUAAUUGACAGUUUCAUUUCAGCUGAAUUACCAGAUAAGGAAAUAGAUAAGGAAGGCUUCGAACUGGUAGAGCAGCAUAUGAUACAUGGGCCUUGUGGUUUAGAUAGACCGUAUUCACCAUGCAUGGAGAAUGGAAUUUGCACCAAGAAGUACCCACGAACGUUUGUGGACAACACUACCAUUGACAAAUCUGGGUACGUUGUAUACCGGCGCCGUAACGAUGACUCCAAAUUUGUCAUCAAAGGUCUCACAAGAUUGGACAAUCGUAAUGUUGUACCGCACAACCUCAACCUGCUGAAAAAGUAUAUGGCCCAUAUCAAUGUGGAGUGGUGUUGUAAAACAAGUGCUGUUAAGUAUCUCUUCAAAUAUAUAACUAAAGGUGUUGACAAAGCAACAUUUGUUAUUGUGAGACCCAGCAAAGGGAAAAAAAAAAAAGGCUUGAACAAAGAAGAGGCACAACCUGUUGAUGAAAUCAGUGAAUACCUAGAUUGUCGCUAUGUCUCUGCAUGCGAAGCAGUGUGGAGAAUAUUUGCCUUCCACAUCCAUUACCACAAGCCUGCAGUGAUACGCUUACAUAUUCAUCUUCAAGAUCAGCACAGACUCCUAUUCGACCAGCUGCAACGAUUGGAGAGCAUCAUUAGUAGAGAAGAUGUCGAAAAAACAAUGCUCACUGAAUGGAUGGCCACAAACCAAAGAGAGAUAGAUUCACCCGAUGUUGGAUACAAUUCAGACAUAAAGGCAUAUGAUCUCACAUAUAUGGAAUUCCCAAAGUAUUAUGUAUGGAACACUACAAAGACCUGGACAAGGAGGAAACAAGGUUUUGCUAUUGGGAGGAUUGUACAUAUCCACCCAUCAGCUGGUGAUUUGUUCUAUCUCAGAGUACUAUUGAAUAUUGUGAAAGGUGCCACAUGUUUUGAUGACAUUAAGACAGUUGCUGGAGUUAUAUAUGGUUCAAAUAAAGAAGCCUGCUACAUAAGAGGACUACUAGAUGAUGACAAAGAGUGGCAUGAUGUUCUGAAAGAGGUCGCACAAUGGGCAUCAGCGUAUCAAAUCAGGUAUCUUUUUGUCACACUUCUCCUCUACUGUGAAGUAGCUAACCCUCGAGAACUUUGGAACAAAAACUGGAAAUACCUAGCAGAAGAUGUCCAACAUAACCGUAGGAAGGUCUUCCACUUCACACACCUAAACCUAAACGAAGAAGAGUUGGAGCAAUAUGCUUUGAUUGAAAUUGAGGAGCUAUUAAUGGAGAAUGACAAGUCUCUCACUCAUUUCCAAGAUAUGCCUGUGCCUGAUAAGGCAAUCCUUCAAAAAAUCAGCCAACGUUGUUUCACAGAAGACCUGCAAGUUGAUAUUGACAAAGAGAAGAUUGAUCAUGGCAGAUUAUUCCCAACUUUGAAUGAAGAUCAAAGAAAAAUUUACGAUGCAGUUCUGAAUUCGGUUCAAGAUAACGCAGGGAGACUAUUUUUCUUACAAGGACUAGGAGGCACUGGGAAAACAUACCUCUACAAAACAAUUAUAGCCAAGAUACGGUCAAUAAGCAAGAUUGUUAUCCCUGUCGCAUCUGCUGGAAUUGCCGCACUACUAUUGCCCGGCGGAAGAACGGCUCAUUCACGUUUCAAAAUUCCAAUCAACCUCCACGAAGGGUCAACUUGUGAUAUCAAGCCUGGAACAAUGCUAGCUACCUUAAUUACAAAGGCAGAGUUAAUAAUAUGGGAUGAGGCCCCCAUGGCACAUAAACACGCCUUUGAAGCCGUUGAUCGCACAAUCAGAGAUCUGAUGGCAUUAGACGAUGAAACAGCAUUAAACAAGCCGUUUGGUGGAAAAACAGUUCUACUAGGAGGAGAUUUCAGACAGAUUUUACCUGUGGUACCCCAAGGGAGUCGCCAGGACACCGUACAAGCUUCUUUAAAUCGAUCUCAUCUUUGGUCUGCCUGCCAAAUUUACAAACUCACAAUAAACAUGAGGCUAAACAAGUCUGAUGCCGCUUUUGCAGCUUGGAUUUUAAAAGUGGGAGAUGGAAACUCUAUGUCCGCAACCACAAACCCUGAAGAUCAUAGUGACGGUUGUAGGAUAGCAAUUGAAGAAUGUUUAAUGUUACCACCCGCGGGGAACCAACUUGAAGCGAUUUCAACUGCUGCAUAUCCAGGGUUCUGUAGAUCGUUCAAGGAAGCCAACUACUUAACUGAGAGAGCAAUUCUAACUCCUCGAAAUGAGACAGUCCGUGAAAUCAAUGAAUACCAGCUAUCCAAGGUGGCAGGUGACACCAAGGAAUAUUUAAGCGCAGAUUCUCUUCAAACAGAGGUGGCACCAGGUGGAGACUUGAGUAACUUAUACACAGUCGAGUACUUAAACUCUCUAGAGUUUCCCGGCCUACCAAACCAUCAGAUCCGCUUGAAAGUAGGCGUCCCAGUUAUGCUCCUGCGAAAUCUUAACCAAAAGAAAGGGUUAUGCAAUGGUACACGUCUAAUUGUCACCAGACUUGGUCUAAGAAUAAUAGAGGCGGAGAUCCUCACAGGAACUCAUGUUGGUGAGAGAGUACUAAUCCCAAGGAUUGUUCUGUCUCCAAAUGACACCAAACAUCCUUUCACUUUACGUAGGAAGCAGUUCCCAAUAAGAGUGUGCUAUGCAAUGACUAUUAACAAAAGUCAAGGCCAAAGUUUGAAGCAAGUCGCUCUUUACUUACCACAAUCAGUAUUCACACACGGCCAGUUGUACGUCGCUCUUUCCCAUGUAACCUCUAAUACUGGAUUGAAAAUCCUAGAUGCAACAGCAGAGAAGAAUGGAACUGGAGGGGUCAUGAAUAUAGUCUACAAAGAAGUCUUCAAUAACAUAAACACUUAA